AUGAAAAAGACACUGAUUGCAGUUGUUUGCACUUGCCUUGCUAGUCUGGUAGACGCAGGCAUCUUUUUGAAAGAAAAGGAUCCACUGAUUCUACAAGGCGCAAUAUGGCUCUACUCUAAUUCCAGCGCCAUCACUCAAGUCGCCAUGGACGUUCCUGCCAACAGAUUUAUCCAGACAGUGGCUCCAUUGGACAACCUCCCCUUGCCUAGCAUCGAUGGAGCAACAGGUGUGCUCUACAAUCGAGAUGAUUCUUGCUCGCCUCUCACUGUCCAGCAGCCUAUCCCUCUCCCAUUCUACGAUGUCGAUCCCAAAUCAACCAAAGUGCCCAAGAUUGCACUCAUCAAAAAGCAAGGUGGAAACUGCACAUUGAUUCAAAAGAUAUUGAAUGCUGAACAUGAAGGCGCUAUCGGUGCCAUUGUCUAUGAUACUCUGGUCAAUGCGACUCAUGUUGACGAUCGUAAAGCGGGAGUGCCACCAGAGAGCGGUAUUACCAUACCUGCAUAUUACGCUGAUCAUAGCGUAGGCUUAGAGCUGUAUCAUCAGUUGGAAAAGAUGGCAGGUGUUCCUAUACACAAGAUGUCUGUCAAUGAUAAUUCCAAUCUCACUACCAAAAUCACAGUGCGUGUAUCGCUGAUGCCAGCCGACAAUAUCAAGCCUGUUGCUUGGGAGUAUACAUUGCUUGUCAUGCUUGUGAUUUUAGGAACAAGCAUUGUAUUUUCAGUGCUCAUGCAUAUUUGCAUGUGGAAAAAGAACCAGAGACUUCAUUCGGUGGUUGAGCGUCAGCGUGCUCCCAAUAACACAGAAGGCUUGCCCAUGGGUAAAGCAUUGCUCACGGUGGCUAGAUUGUGCGAGUUUCCUACCAGGACCAUUGACUCAUUGCCAGACGAAGAAGAACGCAAAAAGGUGGAGACGGUUCUAUCGGAUGAAAAGCAACGAGAAGCGCUAAUGAAUACGACGGCUGCAUCGUCUGCUACUGCUGCAACCGCCAAAAACGAAAGAUCCUUCUUUGGUAGCAAAAGAAAGAUGCUACUUCGAAAGCCUUCAUUGGCAUCUGUCAUUAUCAAGAUUGAUGCGCCUAUCAAUAACAUGUGUGUUGUAUGUUUGGAAGCAUUCAAGAUUGGGGAUGAAGUGCGUGAGCUGCCCUGUCAUCACGAAUACCAUUGCAUUUGCAUUGACCCUUGGUUGACUUGCAAGUCUGGAGAAUGUCCCCUUUGUAAAUUCGAUUGUUCUGUCGAUAGCAAAUCUGAGACGGUCAUAGACGAUCCUGAUGGUUUGGUAGCUGCUUCCAAGGUAACUGGAUUACGAGGCAUACUUCUGCGUCCAUACCUCAGAUUCAAGGCAAAUCGACGCAAGAGAAUAGGCCAAGUGGGUGAUUUGCCAACGACUAAUACGGCUGCAAGAGAAGGACAGACGCAACCAUCACGCCAAUCCACCGUGAUCACAAGCACAGAAGCGCCUAGUUCGCCUGGAUUGAGAGCUGAUUUGAGAGCUAUAGAGGCUUCAGAGAAUGCUACACUGCAACAGCAACAACAAGAGCAGCAGGAACAACCUUUAUCUCCAGCCAUGGAGGCACAACAUAUGGCUUACGCUGCUGCCACUACUGGCAAUGGAGAAAAUAAUAACCCUCAUGCCAGUGCUGCUUCUAUUAUGGAAGAGCCACUAACACCCUUGCAUCCUCAUGAACGAGCCCUUGCUGAGCAAUUACCUCGCACAUCAAGUGACAGUAGACGUACUAGCCGCACUGCUUCUCUUGAAGGAGAUGAUGAAGAAGAGACAUUACCUCGUCCAUCUAUGGCUACUCAAGAUUAUGCACCAACCAUUGACACAAGCGCAUUCACCUAUGUGCCUGCUGUAGAUGGCGGAUUACUACCAGACAUUGAUGUGUCUUCCUUUUCACUAUGCUCUAUUGAUUUAGAUAACAUGACAAACGAAGACCCACAUCAUUCUCGUUAA